AUGCCGUUUAUAGCUGUCAGCUAUUUGUUGCUGUUAUUUUUUGUGGAUUUAUGUAGUUGUAACGAAUAUUUUUGGCUAACCGCUGACCUGGUAAACGUUCAGUGGCGUAAAGGCUGCCUAACCACAGGUGGUUGCGGUGAUCCAAGAUUUAAACUUACCGAAACCAACUGGGCCAGCAAUGAACAAGUUUCGAUAAGUUGGUCUAUUUUGGAAGACUUUAAUCAGGACCGUUCGCGAACAUUUGUAACGCAUUGGAAGCGUGGCUCUCCAACGGAUGUAACAUUCAUCUGCGAGGUUGUUGGCAUUGAUCCUACCUAUGGAUUUCCUAGAAUCUGUGACUCAACAGGCAAUGUGCAAGCAUUUAUCAAGGAUCCGACCUAUGAAGUGGCAGAAUUAAUGAUGCGAUACAUAUCGCUGUGUAUCGUCGUUGAAGUGGCUCGAGCUCGUCGAGCUGACAAUGUGGAGUUUGAGGGCAGUACUAAAAUUGCUGUAGAAUUGAAAGGUAGAUGUUUCAAUGCAUCGUUAACGGUUGAAAAACACGAACAACAGUGUCCUUGGUGUCAGGAGAAACAGGAUCAACAACUUAUGGCCUUUGUUGGACAAACUGAAUUGGACGGUCGAAAUGGUACUUCCGUGCUACAUCGCUUUAAUCGGGAUGUCCAAUAUUUGUUUAUAGCUUUGGCUGUGUUGGCCGGCAUAGCGUUGCUAAGUACUGCUGCAUUUGCUUGUCUUUUGCUCGCCUUUAUCAAACAACGAAAAGGCUCAUCAAAAACAUCCAAAUAUCCCGUUGAAACAUAUUAUCCAUCCGCAAUUAUCGGGGAUACCGUUAAAAUCACUGAUGAUUCUAGAUAUGAUAUGCCAUGGGAUCAGAAAUAUCGUCCUUUACCCCAUUGGCCUAAUAACAGAAAUGGAUUAACCUGUUCAGUUAAUAAAAGCUCUCCAUAUACAUCUGGAACGUUGAUUUAUCAGACUUCACGAAACAGCGAUGAUGCGGUACACUACGAAACCCCAGCACUUGUGCUCUCUGAUCAUCACAACGAUAGUGGCCAUGAUUCUGUUUAG